AUGGUUGUUGAGAAGGAAGCGACAGUGGGUGGCGCAUCUGUCAUUUCUGGAGGCGGCUUAUGGAUUCCUUGUAACUCCGUCUCGAAGGCCCAUGGCAUCAAAGACACUGAGCAGGGCGCUCUCAAGUAUUUUGAAAAGGCGGUGGGAGAUGUAGGACCAGCUUCGUCUCUUGAGAAGAGGCAGGCGUAUCUGUCCAAUGGACCGCGCAUGAUCUCAUGGCUCCAGGAACAGGGCUUCGAGUUUCACUUCAGCAAAGGAUACCCAGACUAUUACCCGUUCCUCAACGGGGCUUUUGGAAAAGGUGGUGGCCGCACCAUAGAGUCAAAGGUGUUUGAUACCAAGAAGCUUGGGAAAUGGCGGUCUCGGCUGCCCCCGAGCGAUCUCCCGGUUGCCAUAUACACAAACGACGCCCCGUUGUUCAGUCGCCUCACUUCAUCAUUGAGUGCCUUUAUUGAGGCAACAAUCAAAGUGAUGCCGCUUCUCGUAAAAAUUAUUGCUGGGCAUGACUCCGCCAGCCUUGGCCGGGCUCUUGUGGCUCAACUGCUCCAUCUCAAUCUCAAGACAAAUCCAAGUAGCGACAUCCGCUUCAACACCAGAUUGUCAAGACUUGUCCAGUCACCGGCAGGUAACGUGGUUGGAGCUGAAAUCCUAACGCCCAAAGGUCUCGUUACAGUUGGGGCAGCGAAGGGGGUUAUCCUAGCCGCUGGAGGGUUCGCGCGCAACCAGGCGAUGCGUCAACAAUUCCUCCCCAAACCAGCCACCACCGAGUGGACCAGUUCGCCAAAAGGAGACACCGGCGACGCAAUCCAAGAAGGUAUUCGGAUCGGAGCUGCUACAUCGCUCAUGGAUGAUGCGUGGUGGGGGCCUACCAUCAUCGAUCCGGUCAGCGGCAACGUCUCAUUCGCUCUCAUCGAGCGCGCCCGACCGCAUUGUUUCAUUGUGGACUCGACCGGUUCACGUUUCAUGAACGAGGCACAGUCUUAUACAGAUGCAGGUCAUGAUCAGUACAACAGGAACCAGACGGUCAAAGCGAUUCCAGCCUGGCUCAUUAUGGACCAGUCCCAUCGGGACAAGUACAUGCUUGGUGGCCUGUUUGCAAGGCAGAAACCGUCCAAGGAGAUGCUCAAUGAGAAGAGGAUAUUUAUGGCUCCGACUCUUGAGAAUCUUGCGAGCCAAAUUGGGGUUGAUUCUAAUGGUCUGCGUGCCACCACUGAUAAAUAUAAUUCCAUGUGCAUGCAAGGAGUUGACCUAGACUAUGGCAAGGGAUCUUCCGAGUAUGACCAGUUCUUUGGCGAUCCAAAGUGCCAACCCAAUCCAAACCUUGGAGCUGUGAAGAAGGCACCAUUCUAUGCGAUCCAGAUAUAUCCCGGAGACUUGGGAACCAAAGGUGGACUCUUGACCGAUGUGUCUCAGCGCGUCAUGAAGGAAGAUGGGAGUCCCAUUCCCGGCCUUUAUGCAAUCGGUAAUACAGCAGCCAGCAUCAUGGGAAGGACGUAUCUCGGAGCAGGAUCAACCCUAGGACCAGCGAUGACACAUGCAUAUAUUGCAGUCAACAAGAUUAA